AUGACUAAUAAUAAUCACCACGACAACCCUAUUGCCUACGACAACCCCGUUGCCUACGACAACCCCGUUACCUACGACAACCCCGUUGCCUACGACAACCCCGUUGCCUACGACAACCCCGUUGCCUACGACAACCCCGUUGCCUACGACAACCCCGUUGCCUACGACAACCCUGUUGCCUACGACAACCCUGUUGCCUACGACAACGCUGUUGCACUUGACAAGGGAGAGAAAAAUAAAAGAAAGACAAUAUAA